CACAUAAUAAACACCCAUAUCAUCCCUAGUGAAAGGACUAGAUGCUUAUUAGCAAUCAGACAUUCACAAGUUAUUAAAAACUUGAAGUGCCAGUGUUUCUGGGGGUCUAUGAACCCGUUGAUAACCAAUGAUGCUAUGAUGGCGCAGUGAAUUGUGGGCAGUUCUCGGUCCUCCCAACUUCUGUUUCAUCCUACUGACUACCCUAUUGGAAAAAUGGCUGCUCCGGUGGCAGUAGCGGGUUCUUCCCCCGUUCUCUGCCCGAGCUUUGCUGUCGUCUGUUCAUUUUUGGAGCGUUACGGUGGGGCAUUGGACUUACCUGAACUGACUUUCCCACAAAUGGAGCGAUACCUUCUGGAGACAUCGACAGUCCCAAAGCCCCUGGUUGAACUCCAUGUGAAACUUCUAAGGAAGAUUGGCAAGUCAGUCUCUCCAGACAGAUGGGAAAAGUACCUAGUGAAGGUUUGCCAGGAGUUCAACUGCACGUGGGCAUGGGAACUUGAAAGAAAAGGAUACUCUGAAAUGACUGUAGAAUCCAAGACUGGAAUCCUUAAGUACUUAUGUGAGUGCCAAUUUGAUGACAACAUCAAAUUCAAGACAUCGGUCAAUGAGGAGGAUCCAGACAGGAUGAGACUGCAGCCGAUCGGUAAAGACAAACAAGGUCUCAUGUACUGGUUCCAGUUGGAUCAAGACCAGAAUGUUCGUGUCUAUGUGGAAGAACAAGAUGAUCUAGAUGGGGCCACCUGGAAAUGCAUUGUCAGGAACCGAAGUGAUUUAGCACAGACUCUGGAGACGCUUAAGGGUCAGAUUGAGCCUGGCUCUACUGACCUUAAGCAGGGUGAUGGUUCAACCUGUGCCAGCCCCGUGCCAGAGGAUGAAGAGAAUGAUGGAGACAAUAAAAAAGAGACUAAGAAAGGCUCUGCAGAGACCCAUAACAAUGAAGAAUCUGCUGAUGGUCCAAAAAGACAGGGAGCAGAGAAGGCAAAGUCUCCAGCUUCAAAGGACACAAAAGAAGGACAUAAGGAACUAAAUGAGCGAUUGCAGAGCAAUUUUAAAAGAGAUGAAGAAGAGAACAUUGAAAUGGAGAUGAAGGUCAUAAAUAAAAAAGAGGUCAAGUCAGUGGAAAAACCUGUUAUAGACAACCGGGUCAGCACCAUCAUUUCUCUGGUCAAAGAGGAACCUAAGGACACAGAGGUAGCGUGGAAUGCUGUUUCUGUUGUCAUGGCACCAGGUUCUGUAAAACAAGAAGUUAGUGCAAAGUCAGAGGUUCGAGAGGAGACAAGUGAAAGGACACUGGAAGAAGUGGAGAGGGCCUUAAAGAAUGACCAGCAAGCCAAGAUACCUCUGAAAAAGAGAGAGUUGAAAUUGAGUGAGGGGUUUGGGAACAACCUAAACAGUAAUAACAAUCAUCACUCUAACAACACUCUGAACAAUAAUGGCACCUUGAGUUCGGGCAUCAUUGUCCGAAACCCUUCUGUCUUACUCACCAAGGGGCCAUGGCCUUCAAAGGAUGAGGCCCUAAAUACUGAGGAAGGAAGGACAGUGGUGUCUAGCAGUGCCUCAGAUGUCACAGGCAUAGGAAUGAAAACAGAGGCUAGGCCUGAUCUAUGUAAUGGAGAGAUGGCUCCAGCAAAGAACUUGAGUCAAAAUCUGAGAGAGCACUGUGUGAGUGUUGGUGUGAUAAUGGGUCCCGUGGACAGAAAGAAGUCAUUUGUAGAUCAAAAUGUCCCAAUUGUUGCAGACAAAAAUGGACUAACUGGAAACUACAUUAAGACUAUUACAAGCUGCAACAAAGAGGGGAAGGGAGAAUCUGUUGUCCAACAUGAGGGAAUUCCUAGUCCUGGGACUGUGCGUCAGUCUGUGCUUGUAAGGAAAGCCUCAACGCCUGAGGGCCUAGCAGCAAUAUUACCGAACUUUGAAGGCCUAACCAGGACACCUGAGAAUGACCUCAGCACAGUAGAAGGAAACAAACUCGGUCAAAUGAAGGAGGAAUCUCCCUGCUCAACAAACAGCAAAACCUCUAAAGACACCAAGCCUCUGCCCACUGAGGAAUCUGCAGAGUGUUCUGGAACUGAAGAGGAUAUGGGUGAGGAAGAAGAGGAGGAGGAGGGGGGUGAAAUGGCCACAGGAGAGGGGCAAGGGAAAGGCGAAAAUAAGACUACAGAGGAUGUAGAUGGGAGUCCCAGGGUUUUUUCUAAAGAGUCAGAGAGUGGAAGCAGUGGGGACGAUGGGUCAGAACCUGAGGGGACGGAUGAAGUGUCCUCUGAGAUCCAGAAGGAGGGCAUCCGCCUGAAGAUUAAGAUCCCGAUGCACCGGAGGACUCCUGAGUUCCAACGGGAGAGGGAGCAGCAGGAGGCCAGCGACGGGCACUCCCUGCGGCGCUCCGCACGGAUCUGCCGACCAAGUCCCAAGCUGGCAGAGAUCCAGGACAGAAGACAAGAGAAGAAGUAUGCGGGGUCCACUGGAGGUCAAGAGGAUAAGGAGCCUGGAGACAGUGAAGUGAAGAAAUCUUCUCAAAAGAAAGAAAAUCCCCGGAAAACAGACUCUGACGGGCAGAACAAACCCGGAAAGGUGCGAAGGCGACAUCGACGCCCUAGAUGGUCCAACCCUCGGUCAAAGGGGCGCAAAAAGGGUGAAGGAGAGGAAGCGCUGGACGAAAGGAAGGUUAAAGAGGGAACUCAGGAGAACUAUCAGUCUGACAGGGAACGGAACCACAGCGACUCGGACUCUGCCCAGUCUGUUGAGAUGCCCAAUGAUGACCCCUGCAGACACUGUGGUCUCCCCAAUCAUCCAGAGCUGAUUCUGCUUUGUGACCUUUGUGAUAGUGGUUACCACACAGCCUGCCUCAGACCCCCCCUUAUGAUCAUCCCUGAUGGAGAAUGGUUUUGUCCCCCAUGUCAGCAUAGACUGCUGUGUGAGAGGCUAGAAGAACAGCUCCAGAAUCUCGAUACUGCACUAAAGAAGAAGGAGAGAGCAGAGCGGAGGCGAGAACGACUGGUAUAUGUGGGCAUCAGUGUGGAAAAUAUCAUUCCUACACCGCAGGACGGUGAUGCAGAAGAAGAAAAGUUGGAAAAGAAGAAGAGCACAAAGAAAAACAAGAAUCUCGAGAGGAGAUCAACACGGACCAGGAAGUCCAUCAGUUACAGGUUCGAUGACUUUGAUGAUGCCAUUGAUGAAGCAAUAGAGGAUGACACUACGAGGGAGACUGAGGCCCAAGGUACCGGUCGAGGCAAAGACAUGGCCACCAUCGCAGGCCAGCAGAAGAGAGAGGAGGGGAAGGAGAACCAGCGACCAGCCAAACCCAUACCAGCACCUCGCAGGAAGAAGCGCCGGCGACUCAAUGACCUGGAUAGUGAUAGCACCGUAGACGAAGAGGAAAGUGAAGAUGACUUUCACCUCAGCAGCAGCACGGAGGAAGAGGAGUUUGUGGUGUCAGGCGAUGAGGCAGCCAGUGACGGCGACGCCGGCUCCAAUGACUGCAGUGACUGGGGCAGCACGGCUAGCAGACCAAGUCAGCGGCGGUCACGGCGGACAGCCACCCGGGGCCAGGUCCACAAAGGCAGAAGCAGGGGCAGGAGCGGACGCAGACCACUGUCCCGGCAGAGAGUGGGCUUGUCAGACGAGGAUGAGGAGGAGGAGCUUGAGACGGAUGAGGAAGAGGAGGAAGAGGAGAUUGAGACGGAGGGUUCAAGUGAUCUCAGCGACAGUGACGUGGACACUAGAAGGCGACGCUCACGGCGCAGCCAGAAGCUGCAGGUGAACUACUGUGAGACGUCAGAGUCGGAGGGCUCUCAAAAAACCACAAACAAGGACAAGCCCCACCCUCACCGCCGACGCCUCGCCAGCUCCAACAGCGAGGGCUCUGAGGAAGAAAAGGAAGAUGAGAAGAAGACAAGAAGAGAGAAGAGGCGGGAGUCUUCACGGGAGGACUCCAGGAGGCUUCUGCUGAAGCGGCGGAGAGACUCCACAGACGAAGAGGACAAGAGCGGGCAGGACGACUCGGACGAGUCUGAGGAGGAGCGCCCGGUCCGCAAGUGGCUCAAUCGAAUCGAGUCCGAGGAUGAAGAGGGGGAGGAGGAGGAUGAGAGGGAGGAGGAGGAAGAAGAGGAAGAGGAGGAGGAAGACGAGCCUGAGGUGAAAAAAACACCCAGUGUUGUGACAGACGCCAGCAGCACGCUGUCACCUAGCAGACACAGAGCCACCGCUGGACCUAAGAGUGGAGGUGGUGGCCGUCUGGCAUCCAAAAACAAUGGCUCGAGCCGGCACAACGGUCUGGCCUCACAGAGGCCCUCCACUCAGGACGAAGAGGAUGACCUCUACGGGGUCACCGACAUUGUGCACUUCGUUUUCAACAGUGAACAGGCAUUGUGACAGGUCCGCCCAGUGUGUUCAUCCAUGUUUUCUCUUUUUUGCCUUUCACCGACUUCCAGCCUUUUUAAAACUUAACUGGGUGUACCACGUCUGUUGCCAUCAGUUCACCUGGUUUUUAGCUGUCUAUGGACCAAACCAUGAAUCUACUGAUAACUCUGUCACUAGAUGCGUGCUAACUUGUGUGUUGUUUGUGUGAAAGUGCUGUAUGAGUGCUCACUGGUCCCCCGCUACAUACCAUAAAGCAUGCACUUUCAGACAAGCAGUUGUAGUGUCUGGACUUCUGUGGACAUGAAAACAAUAAGUGGCCCUUCCCCACAUGUGAAAGCACUUCGUUAAAUGUAAGGCCAGUCAUUUUAUCGUCUGUGUAACAGAGGCCGCCUCUGACCAGUGUAGAUAUGCUGUAUAUAUUCAGCUUGUUCAGUAAUGUAUUCAUCAGAAACUUAUGUUCUUGGAAGUUAUUUUUUGUGUCUGUCCUUGUAAAAAAAAUUAUAUUUUAUAUGAGAGGAAUAUGGAUGUGGUGGAAGCUGAAGAUUAUAGAAAUCACAGAGGUCCCAGUAUAAAAAUUACAUUCAGAUGAUCACUUACAGCUGAAUUCUCAUUGGUCCGGUCUUGAUUUGUAUUAGGAAAGGAUUGGCAUAGUCACAUCAGGCCUGUAGCACACCAGUAUGGUGGAGUUAUUGGCAUAUUUUAGAUAAUAAAAAAAAAAUUACUUGUUUAAGGACAUCAUUUAGUUUGGUAAAAAUUUUAUACAAAACAAAUGUAAUCUAACUGAAAGUUGCAACUACUGCGUUUCCAUUCCACCAAGCUGCUCCCAUGUGGUUUAAAGCAGUUAAAAUUGCUUUUAAAAUUCACCAUGCAUUUAGUAUGCUUGGACAGUGCAAUUAUGACAUUGUUACAAAAGCCUUAGUGUCACAACACAGAAGUAUGUGAACUUAAACAGGUCCUGUUAAUCAAGAAACACCUUGGUUUCUGAACUCUAGAGGAGUUUUUAUUCAGAUUUGAGGUGUGUGUUCAAUGUGUGUGACAGAACAAUUUGGGAGAAAAGUACAGUAACUGACUCUGUAAUGCACUUUCAUCUAAGCACCUUCAGUGUCAUGAUGCCACAGACAGUUGUCACUACAAUUUCAAAAAUGUGUUUUGGUUCAAAGCUUUGUUGUGCCCUUUCACCCCUGGAUUGUUCCACCAUGUUCUGGAAGGUUUAUCUUUGAAAUGCUAUUCAGUGCAAAACCUGCCUCAUUCAAAUCUCUGGCUGCAAGUUCAUUUAGAACACAUCAUAAUGGUUGCCUUUGUCUGCUGUUAGCUAAUGUGGUAUCUGAUUUAGUUCAGUUCCUCAUGCUUCUCAACAUGUUUAGUUAAACUCCAGUCCAGUUCAGACUAAUAAAACAAAAUGAACAAAAAAAAAUUCCAUCUCUAUAGUGUGUGUAGUUACAAUAAAUUAUGUAACAUAGAUGUUUUUUAUUAUUAUUAUUAAAUCCUGGUACCUUCA